AUGUCCAUCGAUUACGGCACCGAAUGGUUCAAAGUUGGUCUUAUCAAACCUGGUAUUCCACUCGACGUCGCCUUGAACAAGGACUCCAAGAGAAAAACACAAGCCGUUGUCACUCUCCGUGACAAUGAACGUAUUUAUGGAUCCGAUGCUGUCAGUUUGGCUGGUCGAUUCCCUCAGUUUACCUAUUUCAACUUGAAGAGUAUUGCUGGCAAACCUUACAACGACAAACACAGCGUAGAAUAUCGACAUCGAUUUGUGAACACUAUGGAUAUUGAUCCGGAACGCAAUAUGCCGAUUUUCCGUCACAAUGGCACCACCGAAUUAACCGUCGAGGAACUUAUUGCAUACCAAUUCCAAAAUGCACGAGAGCAAGCGCGUCAAACUGCGGGCGAGGAUGUGAGAGACGUGGUUAUUACCGUCACUCCCUUCGCGACUCAACAUGAACGUCAAGCAAUCUUGGAUGCUGCGGAAUUGGCGGGGCUGAAGGUCUUGUCAUUGAUUCAUGAUGAAACAGCAGUGGCUUUGAACUAUGCUGUGAGCCGUCAGUUUACUACGACGCCGGAAAAUCACGUAUUCUACGAUAUGGGAGCCGGGUCGACGGUGGCUUCCGUAGUGUCGUUCUCCAAUGUGGAAGUGAAAGAGGGCAAAAAGAAGCGCCAGUACCCUCAAAUCGAAGUCAAGGCUAUUGGAUUUGAUCGCACCUUGGGCGGACAUGAGUUUGAUGUUCGUUUGAUGGACCAUUUGGCCAAUGGUUUUAUGAAGUUACACAAGGACAAAGUCAAGACCGACAUCCGAACCUCGGAUGGUGCCAUGGCCCGUCUGCUGAAAGAAGCAAACCGUGUCAAGCAAAUCUUGAGCGCCAAUACUGAGAUGAGUGCUUCGGUUGAAGGAUUGCAUGAGGACAUUGAUUUCAAAAUGAAGGUGACCCGUGCCGAGUUGGAAAGCAUGUGCAGUGAUCUUUUGGGCCGCGUCCAAAAUCCUAUUCAACAAGCCUUGGCAGCAGCCAAGCUUCAAGUGGACGAUGUCAAAUCCGUGGUAUUGGUGGGUGGCAGUGUUCGUAUUCCUGCUGUGCAACGUAAAUUGAACGAUGUGGUGGGAUAUCAACGCAUUGCCAAGAACGUCAAUGCCGAUGAAGCUGCUGUUUUGGGUGCUGCUUUCCGUGGCGCGUCUCUAAGCAACCAAUUCCGCUUAACGAAACAGAUCAAGAUCAAGGAUGUCACUAUUUUCCCUAUUGAAGUGACUUAUGAACCUGAGCAGUCCAGUGAAGAGGGCCAUGCGAUCCGCACCACCUUGUUCCAUGAAUUCGGUACCAUGGGCGUGCGUAAAAUCAUGAGCUUCAAGCGUCAAUCUGAUUUUACCUUUGAUAUCAACUACGCCAAGACAGCUGAAGAACAGGACAAGGAUGUCGGUCUCGAUAAGAUUGGACAUGUCAAGGUCACGGGACUCACCGCCGCUUUGGAGAAGCAUCAAGAUGAUAUCAAAUCGUCUGAGAAUCCUCCCAAAGUACGUGUAACCAUUGAAAUGUCGGAUUCUGGUAUUGUUUCGGUGCCUGAGGCUUCGGUGACGAUUGAGGUGAAUGACAACGGCAAAGCAACUUUUAAAGAUAAAGUGAAAUCGUUCUUUGGAUCCAAGGAAGAUAAACCUACGGCUUCAGAACAACAGGAGGGCGCCAGCGAAACUAGUCAGGCAACUCAGAACGAAACCGUCCCUGCGUCGGAAAAUAACACGGCUGCGGAAAACGAGACCACCGUGCAAGCCAAGACAACCAAGGAACCGACCUUGUUAAAAUUUCCUUUGGAAGUUGAGUAUAUCCCUACCGGACCUGCUCCGUUGUCAAAGAAAGCCAAGGAUGCUGCUCGACAGAGAAUCAAGGAGCUUGAUUAUCUUGAUCAGCAACGCCGUUACCGCGAGGAAGCUCGUAACUCGCUGGAAUCGUUUGUCUAUCGUACUCAGGACUUUUUGGAAGAUGAUGUGGUUGCCAAAGUAACUUCAGAGAAGGAGCAAGAACACUUGAGAGAAAAGUUGUCUGAGACUUCGGACUGGUUGUACGAUGAAGGUGAAGAUGCCGAAGCUGGUGCUUACAGUGAACGUCUCCGUGGACUCCAAUCCCUGGAAAGACGUAUUCGCACCCGUCACUUUGAAUAUUUGAAGCGCGAAGAGAACGUGUCACGAUUGACAACUAGCGUGCAGUUGGCACAAACCUUUGUCGAACAAUCUCGACAAACGGAGGCCAAGGAUCAGGAGCCAGUGUACACCGAUGAAGAGCUGGACAAUCUUUUGAAGCUGGCCGAGACCGUGGAACAGUGGAAGAUUACCAAGGUAGCCGAACAAGAAAAAUUGGGAGACCAGGUGGAUCCAGUGUUGACGACGGCUGCCACGGAUGAAAAAUGCAAACAAGUCGACGAAGCAUUAAUGAAACUGAUUCGCAAGAAGAAGGCUUCCUCAAGCAGCAAAAAAUCGGAGAAACCAACUGCUGAUGAAAACGCAGGCAAGAACGAGAGCAAGAGCGAUCAGAAUGACCAAGACACCACUGAAGAAGUAAAGGAAGAAGAAAAUACUGAGCAUGAGGAACAACAUGAACACGACGAGCUGUAA